AUGAGACUUGGAUUGUGGGGAAGCAAAGCUUCCAUCAGUAUCCAGCCAAGCAGGUUCUUCAGCUCGCUUAGUGAGCCAAAGCAGGAUUUUGUGACGCAAGCUAAUCCAAGAGGGAAGAACUUACUGACCAGAAUUCAGAAACUCUGUGACCGUGUAGCUUCAUCUACUUUAUUGGAUGAUCGAAGGGAUGCUGUACGUGCUCUUAAAUCAUUAUCAAAGAAAUAUCGCCUGGAAGUGGGGUUUCAGGCUAUGGAACAUCUUAUCCAUGUUCUCCAGACAGACCGUUCAGAUUCAGAAAUAAUUGGCUAUGCUUUGGACACUCUCUACAAUAUAGUAUCGAAUGAUGUAGAAGAGGAGGAGCAAGACGAUUCCGAAGAAGAAAAUUCACAAAAACAGGUUGAUGAUCUGGGAAGGCAAUUUACAGAAAUCUUCAUUAAACAGCAAGAAAAUGUCACUCUCCUGUUGACCUUUCUAGAGGAAUUUGACUUCCAAGUUCGCUGGCCUGGAGUGAAACUUCUGACAUCAUUGUUAAAGCAGCAGGGACCCCAAGUGCAACAGAUCAUUCUUGUCAGUCCUAUGGGUGUGUCGAGGCUCAUGGAUUUACUUGCAGAUUCUAGGGAGGUGAUACGGAAUGAUGGAGUCUUAUUGCUACAGCAGCUGACAAAAAGCAAUGCCGCCAUUCAGAAAAUCGUUGCUUUUGAAAACGCCUUUGAGAGGCUGCUGGAUAUCGUAACAGAUGAGGGGAACAGUGAUGGAGGAAUAGUAGUAGAAGACUGUCUUCUCCUGUUACAAAAUUUGUUAAAGAACAAUAAUUCCAAUCAGAAUUUCUUUAAAGAAGGUUCGUACAUUCAGCGUAUGAAACCUUGGUUUGAAGUUGGAGAUGACAACUCUGGUUGGUCGGCACAGAAAGUAACUAAUCUUCAUCUAAUGUUGCAGCUUGUGCGGGUGCUGGUGUCCCCCACAAACCCACCUGGUGCCACCAGCAAUUGUCAAAAAACCAUGUUUCAUUGUGGGUUAUUACAGCAGCUUUGCACAAACCUGAUGGCAACCGGGGCUCCUGCAACCAUUAACACUGUGUCAGAAGUCAUUCGAGGAUGCCAAAUAAACCAAGACUACUUUGCUUCUGUAAAUGCACCUUCAAAUCCACCGAGACCUGCAAUUGUUGUGCUUCUGAUGUCCAUGGUGAAUGAAAGGCAACCAUUUGUGCUGCGCUGCGCUGUUCUUUACUGUUUCCAGUGUUUCUUAUACAAAAACCAAAAAGGACAAGGGGAAAUUGUUUCAACACUUCUACCGUCAACCAUAGAUGCUACAGGUAAUUCCGUGUCGGCUGGCCAGCUGCUCUGCGGCGGACUCUUUUCCACAGACUCUCUCUCAAACUGGUGUGCCGCAGUGGCCCUGGCCCAUGCUUUAGAAGAAAACGCAACUCUGAAAGAGCAGCUGCUACGAGUUCAGCUUGCAACGAGUAUCGGUAACCCUCCUGUGUCUUUGCUGCAACAGUGCACCAACAUUCUUUCCCAGGGUGAUAAGAUCGACAGACGGGGUAGCAAAGUGCAGACAAGAGUUGGAUUAUUAAUGCUGCUUUGUACCUGGCUAAGCGAUUGUCCAAUUGCCGUCACACAUUUUCUCCACAACCCAGCCAAUAUUCCAUUUCUCACAGGGCAGAUAGCUGAAAAUCUUGGAGAAGAGGAGCAGUUAGUUCAAGGCCUGUGUGCACUUUUGCUGGGCAUUUCCAUUUAUUACAAUGACAAUUCCCUCGAAACUCACAGGAAAGAGAAACUAAAACAACUGAUAGAGAAGAGAAUUGGCAAGGAGAAUUUCAUCGAGAAACUUGGUUUCAUUAGCAAACACGAACUCUAUUCCAGAGCUGCUCAGAAACCACAGCCUUGUUUUUCUAGCCCAGACCACAUGAUGUUUGAUCACGAAUUUACUAAAUUGGUAAAGGAAUUGGAGGGUAUCAUAACUAAGGCUAUUUACAAAUCGAGUGAAGAAGACAAACAGGAAGAGGAGGUGAAGAAGACAUUAGAACAGCAUGACAACAUUGUGACUCACUAUAAGAAAGUCAUUAGAGAGCAGGAUCAGCAGCUUGAAGAGUUAAAGCAGACGGUGAAUACUUUAAAAUCUCAGAACGAACAGCUUCAGACAGCAGUAACGCAGCAAGUGGCACAGAUCCAGCAGCACAAGGACCAGUAUAACCUCCUGAAAGUACAGCUAGGGAAGGACAAUCAGCAUCACAGCUCCCACGGUGACUUGCCCCAGAUGAAUGGCAUCCAACCAGAAGAACUCAGCAAAUUGCGACAGGAGAUAGACGAAUUGAAACGUCAGCACGAAGUGUUGCAAGGGCAGCUGAGAGAGAAGGAUUCAGUGAUUGAAAACUUGACGUCUUUGCAGCCAGAAACAGGAAGAACAGAGCAGUUGUCACAGAUCACUGCAUCUGCUGGAUUGGAGCAUGCUAAUGAACUACAGAGGGAGCUAGAAGCCUUGAGGAUCCAAAUACAGUCACAAGCUACAGACAUCUCUAAACUUCAGGCUGAGAAGCAGGAGCUGCUCCAACAAAUGAAUACAGCGUCAGUCCCUGGACUGGGUGAGAGCGAUGCAGCCAAGAACAGUCAAUUGGAGGGCCGAUUGUUGCAAGAGAUAAAAGAACUGAAGAAUGAAGUGAAAGCUCUGGCUGAGGAGAGAGCCUCGCUCAAACAGAACCUGGACUCAGUCCAAAGCACAGUCGCUGUCUUGCAAGAUGAGAAAAGCAAACUUCUUCUUGAAGUCGCCGAAUCCAAAAAAGAACAGGACGACCUCCUGGUGCUUCUCGCCGAUCAGGAUCAGAAAAUAUUUGCACUGAAGAACAAGCUCAAGGAACUUGGUGAACCGGUGGAAGAUGAGGAUGAUAUUGAAUCUGGAGACCAAGGUGAUGAAGAUGAAGAAGAGGAUGGGGAAGAGGAAGACUAAUAGUGCUUUAGUGUCCCCACAAGAAAUUUAGAAGUUACAUUGUAAUACAAAAUUAAACUAAUUCUGUUGACCUACAAAGUUAAAGCAUCCGCUUAUGGAAGCAAAUGGGGAAAUAAUGUUCUGAUUUUCUGAAGCAAAGUGUUUGGAAACCUUCGUCAUAAGUGAAACAGAAAUCACUGCUAAGUUAAACAAAAGCAUCCCAACUUCUAAUAGUUUAGAAGCUGCUUUAGAUGCCGUUUAAAGCAUGGGGUGACAAUGCUAUGGCCUUAGUUCAUUGUCGUUUACGGAAGUUCUGUGCGUUUGUCUCUCAUUUUAACAUUUGGGGGAACUCUGAGCUGAUUAAAUGCAUCCGUAUUUGGUUGGACAGCUAUGGAAUGGAAUCCUUGCUUCUGCAGCCAGCAUGGAGCCAGUCAGAACUCAGGCGUUCCUUUUCACUACAUGGCUAGGUUGAAGGGGCGGGCCGGGUGAAUCGGGGAUUAUCCACCCCCAUCAGCUUCCAGUUCAACUUUACUAAAACCAAUUGAACCGAACAGUGUCACGUGCCUUGACCCCUGAAAUGGCUGCCCUGCAGUCUGUACCUCAGUGACGAUACCCAAGGAAAUGGCAACAUUAUGCUGAUAACGAGGAGAGAGCUGCAUAGAGACUCGCAACAGGAGAGUAGCAUUUCUAAGCUGAACAUCGCAAUAUUUAAAAAAAAAACAAAGCAAAACACAACUCAUCCUAAAGAUUAAAUGUGCUACCAGGUCAUCAUCAAUGAUUCUGUUGUGUUCUUGAGUAGAGAAGUGAAAAUACAACCUGAUUUAUGUAAUUUAUUGGCUCUUACGCUGAGGAGAUAAGAGAAUAGAUUUUAAAAGAACAAAAUUAAUAAACAAUUCAUAAAUUUCAUGUUUUGGUAAUAAAAAUAGAUAUUAUGUC